UCAAUAUGGCGGAGAAUGCCCAAUCUCGUGUACAAAAGGAAGCGGAAUGUAUGCUCAAUUCAUUGGAAAAAGAUAGUAUACGACCAAUGCAGAGAAAGGCUCAUCUUUGUGCAGCUGACUGCUGUGAGGAUUCUUCAACUACCCAAGUCGUUCAGGGCUGCAUAUCAAAAUGUUUUCUUCCUUCACAAAGAGCUCAGGAGUAUAUAAAUGGGGAAAUCAAUAAUUUUCAGGACCGCUUGUCUAGAUGUGCUCGAGCAUGUCAGGAUAAAAUACAGGACAAAAUAACUGUUAACACUACCCAGCUAGAGGCAAGUAAGUUACAAGAUGAGAUGAAAGUUUGUGUAGAUGAAUGUUGUGAUACACACCGUGAACUUCUACCCAAAAUGUUUCAAAGAAUGAGUGAAACAUUGCGUCAAUUACAGCAGACUAAUUGAAGUUUUUUUUACGUUCAAUAUUGGUAAAUUUUACACAGAAAAUAUUCUCAUGUUCAAAUAUCAUAUUUAGUGUAAAGAUAAUUUUAAAACUUUAUUGAAUAAUGAAAAGGAACUCGGAAAGUGAUAUUAAGGUGACAUGUCUGUGAAAACAAAAUUUUCUGACGAACUCUAGUCUAUUGACAUUGUGGAAAAUAUUUGUCAUAAUCAUUCUUGCAAAAGGCAUUUUUUGUUGUGGACAAUAUAACUUCUCCGUGUUGGGCGAUUAACACAUCAAUAGAAUCAA